AUGUGGACCUCAAACCAGACUCUAGGCUACUUGUGUGUGACUGCUCACUAUAUUGAUGAUGAGUGGGAACUUUAUAAACGGAUCAUAAAGUUCACUCUUGUUGAGUCACCCCAUGAUGGUAGAACUAUGUUCAAUGCUUUGUUGAGAACACUUCAGGAUUGGAACAUUGAAAGCAAUGUAUUUGCAAUUACAUUGGACAAUGCAUUUGUAAAUGAUAACUUUUCAAAAACUUUGCAAGAGAACCUUGUUGAUAAGGGUCAAUUACCUCACAAAGGAAAAUUGUUUCAUUGUCGUUGUGCUACACAUGUCUUAAAUCUGAUUGUUCAAGAGGGUUUCAAGUCAAUCAGUAGUGCUACCAAGAACAUUAGAGACAGUGUAAAGUAUGUUAAGAGCUCACAAGCUCGGAAGCAAAGGUUUGAAGAAAUCGUAGAGCAAGUUGGUAUUUCUCCUGGGAAACGACCUCCUCUUGAUGUUGUAACUCAAUGGAAUUCAACAUUCCUAAUGCUCGAGACAGCUCUGAAGUACAGGAAGGUAUAUGAAGCUUUAAAGCAGGGGGACCCACAAUACUUACAUGAGCCUUCAACCAAGGACUGGAAGGUGGCAAAGAAGCUGUGUAACAUGUUACAACCUUUCUAUGAAGCAACCAAGAUAGUCUCGGGAUCAAAAUAUCCUACUUCAAGUCGUUACUUUCAUAUGUUGUGGGAAGUGAAGAGAGAGCUGGACAAACAGUCUUCAAUUGUUAUUCUCGAUCCUCGAUUUAAGAUGCGCUUUCUUGAGUUCCGCUUGAACCAAUGGUUUGAGGAAGAAGCAUUUAGAUAUAGUUCUAAAGUGGAGAAGACAUUUCGAAAGCUAUUUGCUGAAUAUUCCAUAGAAAUCAGUGACCCAUUUCUUGAGAAGGCCCAUAUGAUUGAUGAGAAAGUUGAUGAGAACAAUCCAUGGGCAGAUUGGGGGCAGCAUCAAAGUGCACAGCAAAUGAGUAAAACAAAUGAGUUAGACAAGUACUUAGAAGAAGAAACAAUGUCAGUAGGAGUUGAGCUUGAUAUCUUGCAGUAUUGGAAGAUGCACUCAGGCACUUAUCCAACACUUGCACGAAUGGCACGCGAUAUUCUAGCAAUGCCUGCAUCAACAGUGGCCUCAAAAUCUGCAUUUUCUUCUGCAGAAAGAACUGUAGAUGUUUCUGGGUUGCCUGAUCCCACUAUUACAUCACAGAAAGGCUUUUUGCUGUGGAAUUGCCUGCUCCAAUGCCAUUCUAGUGACAAGAUUGAUGGUAGCAUUGAAUUGCCUGCUCUGUUUUAA